AUGGCCUCGCCGCGCCGAUGGCCAGCAGCUUUCCUCCUCGCCAGCGCCCUCCAGAUCCCACCGGCACUCGCAAAGCCGACGCUUCACUGGACGCCAUGUUCGUCGAACGCAGACCUGGACUGCGCGACGCUCACCGUCCCGCUCGAAUACGCCGACCCGUCUAACGGACAACGUGCUACGAUCCCCCUCGCCCGAUACGCCGCGACUGUGCCAGUCUCGCAACGAAAGGGCUCACUGCUCACGAAUCCCGGCGGCCCCGGGUCCUCGGGUAUCGACUUCCUAGCCAACGGCGCGGGGGAGGGACUCUCAACCAUUACGGGCGGGUACUAUGACAUCGUUUCAUGGGACCCGCGCGGUGUCGGGGACGCGAAACCACUGCUUGCUUGUUGGGAUACAGCGGGUGAAGAGAUGGUAGCGAGUGACAGCGUCUCUGCGGCCGCGGAGAUCGAGUACAGCUUGUUCAGGAACAAGACCUAUACAAGCCCAGGCGGGGAAUACGAGAAAGCAAUAAACGAGUUUGAUGCGUCUGUAGCAGAGAUUGCGGCUGAUUGUGCGGAGUAUAACUCAAGUGCGCUGUAUACGUCUUCCGCGGCGUAUGUGGCGCGCGAUAUGGUUGCGAUCGUUGAUGCGCUGGACGGGAAGAAUGCGAGUCUGAAUUACUGGGGUUUCUCGUACGGCACGAUCUACGGCGCGGAGUUUGUCCAGACGUUUCCUGAGCGCGUGGGACGGGUUGUCUUCGAUGGCGUGUUCAAUCCGCAGGCUAACGCGGAGACGUAUAUGAGCCAGCUGCCGAAUGAUGAGUUGUAUGUCGCUGAUGCAAUUGGGGAUUUCGCGAGGCUUUGUGAGCAGGCUGGACCGGAGGGAUGCGCUUUGAGUGAUGGCGGAAAUAGCACUGGCCUCGCGAAGCGUCUCGCUAGCCUGCAAGCCUCGCUCUACGACAACCCGAUCUCGGUCUCCGACGGCUCCUGGUCCAUCACUGUCGGCAUGUUCAGCUUCUUCAUGUACUCUUUCCUCAAGCUGCCGACGACGUGGCCGGCCGUUGCCUCUGCAUUACGUGCACUAGAGCAAGGAGACGCAGAUGUCAUGGGCGAGCUGCUGACCGGCGCGACGGAGACGUCUGUCAACGUGAGUGCACCGGACACGGGAUCCAUGGCAGGCUGGCCGAUCCAGUGCACAGAUAACGCGCCUUCAAAUGGGACGAGUAUAUCUGAGGUCGCGGAGCUUGUGCUGGAACUUUCGCUGACUGAGCGAACGCCCUGGCUUAAUGCAGAUCUGUCGACGCUGUCCUUCUGCCGGAAUUUCCCAAAUACCCGGCCCCGCGUGCGCAAUUUCGGCGCGAAGAGGUUGACGAAUCUUCAGACGAAUGCUGCCCUUACGGCCAGGAAUGCCAGCGUGCUUAUCGUCAAUGCCCUCCACGACCCUACGACGCCGGUGACGAGUGCACAGAGUCUGCACCGCUGGCUACCGACGUCUUCGCAGCUGGUUACACGAAAGGGGCCCGGGCAUACGACGAUUAGUCUUGCAAGUUUGGGACUGGUGAACGUAAUUAGGGAGUAUCUUUUGGACGGAACUUUGCCGGAAACCGUGCAGGUGCAUGAUGUUGAUCAGGUGGUGUUUGGGCAGGGGAUCAGUGAUGAGACGAUUACCCCGGACCCGGUGUUUAAUGGGAACUUUACAGAUGGUGAGAGGGCGUUGCUUGAGGCGACGUAUGCGGUGUUUCUGGCGUUUUUGAGUUUGCCAUAG